CGAUUUGUUUAUCACGAGUUCAAGCACGAGUUUUACGAGUUCAUCACGAGUAUUAUAAUUUCCGAGGAAAGAAGAAUUUCUCAAGUUCCAUCGUGGGGUUUUUUGGCUCGUUCCGAUUGGUUAAAAAACUAUGAACUUUUCAUUGGAAAGUUGCUGAUUGGCUAGAAUUGACAGUGGUAAUAAAAGCCAUUCUUCAUUAUUUGCUAUCAAAUGAAUUGGCUAAAGCUUCUGCAGUGGUCAUCUCAGCCGCUUUACGAUACAGACAGUGUUCUGAAACAGUCAAUCCGUCUACAACAGACAAAGCCUUUGAGAUGAAAUCAAUCAAGUUGUUUCUCAUUUUUGCUCUCUGCAUCUCUGUUGGUAAGUUUCAAACAUCGCACUUUCCUUAACUCUUAAAACGAAAAAUAAAUACUCUUUUAUAUCAUUGUCGCCUGGUGCAGUUAAAGAGUGGUCACGAGCUUUUCCCGUCAAGCUACUACUGCACGGAGCAAUAAAAAUCAGGGCUCAACUCAGUCAGCAUCCACAUUAUCGUUUUAUCUUUAUUUUGUAUGUCGAUUUACAAGUAGUUCUAGAAACAUUGUGGGACGGUUCUACUGUUACCUUUCCACCCUCUUGACUCUGUUCACUAAAGUAAAUAUUCAAAUAAAGUUUCAGCUAAAUUAAGGACUGUUUAGAAGGACGUGGUUUUGUUUAACAGCAGCUAAACUUUGUGUAAAUAAUCAGAGAUCUGUGUUUGACAGAGGAUGAUCGCACAUACCAUGUUUUUCAGACGCUCGUGCUAGUUCUGUGAUCCAACACUGCUCUGUCAAGCCAAUCUCAUUAGUUGUUUAUCAUAUGACCCCCCCUUAACCCGAACUCCUAAGGGAAACAGCAGUUCGAGUGGGUCAAGGCAAAUCGUAUGGUUCUAGUUACUGGAGAGUUCGAGUUAACUAAGAUAAUUUGAGAUAUUUUCUCAAAGAAAUUUUUUUUUUUCGGAAAUUGUAAUUGUAAUGACUAAUGACUAGUAACAGAACUUCGUGUUGUCCAAUUCUGUGUGUAAUCAUGCUCACAAUAAUAAAUCUGACUCCAGCUUCGCGGUCGUCCGAUGUUGUAAUCACUAUGAUUACAGAUCAGACCGAAUCGGUCUCCACUUGGUCCUAUUACCAUUAUUAAUGAUUUGUUUACUUAGUUAUCUGUUCCUCUUUUAAGACCAUAUUUCACGAUCUAUUAUUUAUUUAUUAAAACAUCUACUUAUUUUGCCAAAUGUGCCAGAUUUUAUUCCAUCCACCUACUGUAUUGUUUGAUUGUUUUUGUCAGGAUAUGGCCUCAAAUGUUACGAAUGUUUCUCUUCCGAGGGUUGGAAUGAAUGUAAGAAAACACAGAGAGUGCAGAAAUGUCAACCCUAUCAGGACUCGUGUGCCAAAGUUCAUGCGAAGAUAAAGUCGGCUAGAUAUGCAAAAGCUUGUGCUUCCAGGAGGCAAUGCAAUGGCACAACUUCCUUCUGCCACAAAAUGAGAUUCACCGAGUGCCAGAUCACCUGCUGCACCACUGAUUUAUGCAAUUGAGCCCAAGAACCAAUGAUUGGCGUGUCUUCGUUUAGUCUUCGAAAGCUGUUGAUGAAUGAACACUAAAUAAAAUGGAUUUUAAGCGCGACCCUUAAAGAAGCAACUAAUUACACCAAACGAGUGUUUUGUUUUUUAUUCUUUCUUCGCUCGCACUGUUCAGACAUUGUAGAGGGUCCAGCAUAGGUUUGGCGGGAUGCGGGAUGAGGCUUAAAAUCGAGGCGCGAUGUGGGAUACGAAAAAUUUUAAAGACGAGACUAAGAUAUACUCAGUUUUAGAGGCGGGAUAGGGGAUAGGGCAGGUACACGCGGAAUCAUGAUUUAGCUCAAGUUACGACUCACACAACCUCGGAAACAUUAGAAAGUAUUCAUUUGCUUUAGAAACGGGCUUAAUUAAUGCUCCCGUGUAAAUUGGGGUUAACAGACCCAAAUGUCUCCACAGUAUGCCCAGUUUUCUCUCCUUUAUUAUAAUUUUGCUCUCACGAGGACGUCUGCGUGAACGCCCCUUUCUGUAGGAUAUUAUCGGCGGUUCUUGGAAUAUCUCUCUUAGCAAUGGUUUUCUCCCUAAUAAGAGUACAUCAUUAUUAUUGUAAACGCUGUAACUUUUCCAUCAGUUGGCGAUAAACUGGAGCAAUUUGAGUUUGACCAGGCAGAAUCGGGAUGAAAUGUUCAUUGCAGCGGGAUGGUGGGAUGUAAUGAAAAAUAACGGCGGAAUGCGGGAUUAGAAAAGUUUAUUUUGGACCCUCAUUGUAACUUUGAGAAAACCAUUAGGCAGCAAAAUUUGGUGUAACGAGUGUUACUAUUCAUUAAUUUCUUAAAGCGCGUUGAGUUUUCAAAAAUUAUUAAGAUUUUUUGACAAUAAACUAUCUGCUAACCUGGCACUCUAUUUGUCGUCUUGAUAUUUCACGCGAGGGGUUAACAAAGAGAAAGAAAGGUUAAAGAAAGAUGUUUUUUUGUUUUGUCACGAGCGCGGGAUAAAGGAAAAAAUUCUGAGUCCCCAUGAGGAAUCGAACCUCAGACCUUCGGAUUCCGCGCCCCGAUGCUCUACCUCUGAGCCACAGAGACUCCACGGUGCGCGAGGUCUAUUACGAAGUUCAUAUGACGCGCGUCCUGCUUACUGCUUGGAUCAGCAAUGUCGGUAGCGUAAUGUCUGUAGAUAGAAAUAAGAGAAACUGUAAGUUUUGAGCUAGGGAAAGAAAUAAAGGUU